AUGGCUUCACAUAUUUUAUUUGAUAAUAUUUUUAAUGAUACUCAUUCAGAAUUAUCAUCUUUGCAACAACAAAUAGAAGAAUUUCAAACAACUUAUCAAUCUGAUAUUAAAACAAUAACAUCUACUAAUAAUCAAAUUGAAUUAUAUUCUGAUAAUCAAGAAGAGUUAGAUGAAUUGGUUAUUUUAGAUGAUUUUAUUUUAGAUGAACCUGCUCAAUUUAAAAAAUUACAAACUAUAGUAUGUUGUAAAAAGAAAUGUCUUCAAAAUUUGAUUUUUCAUGAACAUGCUAUUACAAAUUAUCAAAAUUUUCAAAAUUUAAAUAAUAAUCAAAAAGAUAUGUUUUUAUUAGGAAUAAUAUCUGCAACUAUUCGACAAGAAACUACUACUGAUAAUCAAAAACGCAGUAAACUUGCUAGUAAAUAUAUUUUUGAAGGAAUAGAAAUUUGUAAUGAUGCAUUUUUAUUGAUUUAUGGAAUUGGAGAAAAAUAUUGGAAAAAUAUUCGAAAUCAUUUUAUGCAAUAUGGAAUUAAUCCAAGAAUACAUAAAUUAGUUGGAAAAAUUAGCAAUUUUACAAUAUUAUUUGAAACU